AUGGCCAAGAAGCUCUUCACCUUCUUCUUCCACCCCAAUAUCUCCAUAAUUGUUGUGGAACAUGAAUCAGACCACUCAAAUAGGCCCUAUGAGGCCAUUCAAACCUACCUUGCACCAAAGUGCUAUGCUUCAGCUAAUGUGUUAAAGCUUUGGAAGGGUAAAAAUUCUAAGUCCCAUACCUUUUCAAUGGAUUCUCACCAAAAAAUCACUGACCUUUAUAAAGGUGUUCCCCUUCAAUGGAGCUUUCACUGUACCCGGAAGAAUAGUAGGGACCAAACAUCUUCUAAGACCUAUGAGAAUCGGUGCUUCGAGCUCUCGUUCCAUCGGAAGUAUCGCGACUUCAUGAAUGAUUCCUAUAUCCCUUAUGUUAUCACUGAGGCUGAGCAAUUAGCCAUGAAGAACAGAGAAAUGAAGCUGGGAGUUGGACGGUCAUGGAAACGGAGCUACUUGCUCUACAGGCCUCCGGGUACUGGUAAGACUAACUGGAUUGCAGCCAUAGACAAUGUCUUGGGCUUUGACAUAUACGAUCUCGAGUUGAGGACUGUGACGGACAACUUCCAGCUGAGGGAGCUCCUCAUUUCCAGGAAGAGCAAAUCGAUCAUUGUCGUUGAAGACAUCGACUGUUCUCUGAAACUCAUGAAUAGGAGAGUGAUGGAGAAGGAGACAAGAGACAAAAAGCCACGGCAAAGAGAGAAAACCAACACAAAGAGCAGGGUGAGCCUCUCGGGUGUUCUCGACUUUGUCGAUGGGCUGUGGUCCUCCUGUGGAGGGGAGAGGAUAAUGAUCUUCACCACUAACCAUAAAGAGAACCUUGAUCCAGUUCUGCUUAGGCCUGGUAGAAUGGACAAGCAUAUACUGUUAUCUUAUUGUGGGUUUAAGGCAUUUAAGAUUUUAGCAAAGAAUUAUUGUGGUCUCAGUGGAGAGCACCCACUGAUGAAGGAGGUGGAGGAGGCUUUAAGAGUUGUUCAAGUGACACCAGGUGAGAUUGCAGAGUUGUUCAUGGGCAGUUGCCAUGAUCCUGAUUUGGCCAUGGAGACUGUGUUAGAAGACUUGCUAAAGAGACAAGCUAGUAAAAAUGAGAGCCCCAAGUUCAUUGUCGAAACUAUGACUGCCUCAAGUUCAUUGUCGAAACUAUGA